AUGGUUGCAGGACUGGACGAGUUGAUCGAGUCACUUUUGACCGAGAUCGCCUUUUCUGGUGUCCGAGGCUGUUCUAUACACAGUCUGCUGGCUGCAAUAGACCUUUUUUAUAAGGCUUCGGGUAAAGAAAACGGGCAGGACGGGUCGCGCACUCAAAGUAUCGCGAUCGGUGGUAGCGAUACGAAACCUGUCAAAAUUCCUAACAGAGAUGACCUCGCUAUUGCCUCCAAAGUAUGGAGAUGGCUCGCCGACAGAUCAGAUGUAUCCAUCGGAACCAACAGACAAUUCAAUCACUUGUCUCUAGAGGAAGCGUUAGCGCUGCCUGAAGAGGAAGAAUCUCAAUUGUCAGAAACAACUGCGCCAUCUUCAACGAAGUCUCCAGUGGAUAAAAAGACUAAACCGCAACAAAAGUCGAAUCAACGGGCACUGAGAGAUGAGGCUUCAUCUGUGAGACCUAGAUUACACGUUUCUGAAGAACGCCAGUGGAGAACAAUUGCUGGUCAUGGACCGGACCUAAAGCGAGUGCCCCUUUUCGAAUGGCGAGCACUUGUUGACAUCGCUUCUGUCAAAGAAAAGGGGAUCCUCCAAGGUGACCUUGUUCGCCUUACUGGUCAAGACAAGAGGUCGCUUCCCACCAGGACCGAUGCGCUGGCAAGGAAAGGAUAUAUCAUUAAGCAACCUGUGGUUCUUCGUGGCGGCAAAUCUAGCAAGCUAUGGCUUGCUCAAUUCUCAGAAUACGCAAGGGAACACCAAGAGCGGGAGGGACUUGACUAUGACAAGCUUGAUCUCUCUAAAGCGGCCCUUACCAGUGAUUUGGACCCGGUUUCCUUCUGCGAUAAAUGGAAUGGAGACACCAUUGACUAUUUGGCUCUUGCUCAGGGUUUUGUGGCUAUAGUAAAAGCGUGGACUCUUAUCCGUUACUGCGAUGCUCGCGCAAAAUUAGGUGUUGAGGAACGUGUACGUCAAAUGAGGGCUCUCGCAAAGACAUGUCGUUGGCUCACAAAUAUUGGCGCGCUAUCCUUCGUUGGUGCGAAGUUUGCCGGAAGCAACCGAUUGUUCAAGGACUGUGUCAAAUAUAUUCGAGAUCCGUCUCCCGCUGAAUGGUCUCAUUUUCGUGCCACCCCCAAGACCCGGAUGGUAGUUCCGUCUGGUCGUAUAGGAAAGCGAGGGGAAGCGUCUCGUGCUGUUCAUGCUUCACAACCAGGUGGAUCUCGGGGAAGUAAGACCAUCAUCAAGAAGCCACACGUAGCUAGGCCUCGCACCGAGCCUACGUCUUACACCAGCAUUAUUCCUUCCCCAUGGAAACCACAGAAGCCAGUUCCAAACACAGCGUUUGAGAUCAUCAAAAGAGCGGGCUCUAAAGGCACCUCAAAUGCGGCCAUCUGUCGACAAACCCUAGGUCAUAACUACCGCAGGCUUACAGCAGCGAUGACCGGGUCGAUCUCCAUGCCAACUAACAGUCAGCCAUCGCACCUGAAACACCUGAGCUCAACCUCACAGUUAAGCCGCAUUGGAAAGACCAUGACAUAUACAUUCUAUGCCUGCAACGAAAUUCUGGAUGCCACACCUGACGAGCAGAACAUGGAGCCAGCUAUUCUUGAGACGAAUGCAGCAGGAGAUCCAAUUGCAAGCCAACAAGACAAUGUAUUCUCACAAGUUAACUCGAGCCGAUUCUUCAAAAGUCCUAGUUCCUCGCUUUCAGACAUCGUUCGAGCCCAGCAUUUGGAUCGAAGCUUCUCAAGAAAAUGGAAACGCAAGCGGCCCGUAGAUGAAGAUAUUGAUGAUCAACCCCCGAUCAAACUACCCAGGCGUCUGGGUCGUCCACCGAAAAGGCGCGCAAUGCAGACCACGCCAAGUUCUGUGGAGGGGCCUUCACAGGUUCAAAGUGAUGAGACCCCUAUUACGGCUCAAGGUCAUAGCAUUGCUGAUGAACACAUACAAGCAGAGAUUACUCCACAGGUGACCCGAGCCCCAGGUGUUUAUCGUGGACUUCCAAACUCACUUGACCCUGUCAAUAAAAGGGGUAGACGUCGGAAAUCUUUGGUCAUUAUAUUUAGGUCUGACAAACUUAAAGACCCGGCAUUUCUUGGACACCAGUUGGUCAUACGCGAGACGGAUAUCGUGGAUGGCAUAAGCCGUGUAGCCCCUACGGAAGCAACUCCAAGAAGACAAUCAGCUCAAAUGCAGGACGUUCACUCAGGAGAAACUCCAAAUCCCCCGGUCACAGUUCCAAGGGUUGUUUCUGAAAUCUCACCCGUCCGAACUAGGACACCAAAGUCGGGGAAAAGGGGGUCAUUUCGUUGCGACAAAUGCGGAAAUAGCUGGAAGAACUCAAAUGGGCUGGAAUAUCAUCUCACCAAAUCUAGGACAUCUUGCAAUCAAGACUUCGUCCCGCCUCCUUCGGAUUUUAUCAAUAGCCGGCAACGUAAAUCGACCCACGCUCAAGUAUCAGAACAUAUGUAUAAGCCUCGCAUAAUGUCUGAAGAGCGAAGACAACAUCGGCACACUCUAACUCCGGGAGAACAAAUAGAGUCUCGACUCAAGCAGAAGGAGCCUCAUCUAUCAUCGUCGUCUCCUAAUCCCUCCACCUCAUUGACCUCUACGUUAGAUGACAGUGUAACACGCACGCCAUACACUAGAGAUAAUACCCAGUCUCGAGCUAUUCGAGGAAGUAUCGUGUUAAAGAAUCUGGACGUGUUCGAUGUGACUAAUCAUCGACGGUUCCCGCAUCAGCAAUCGACUCAUGCUGAUAGAAAUGCAUCUCUCACUAGUGAUAUUAUGCCAGUAGUAAACGUUCAAGCAUCCAUCGCCCAUAGUAACCCACCAAUCAGGGUCUCUCCCGGCGCCAACACUCAGAUACAACAACUGGCAGUUUUUAAUGAGUAUCAGCAGGCCGACACUGCUGAUCAUUCACAGAAGACUGCUGAGGAGCCCAUCGAACCUAGUGCGGAAAAGCAAGCCUUUUCUGCAUUAAGCCCUUCCCCUCCAUCAGGACAAACUAAGAAGCACGCAAACAAAUCUUCUACUGCAUUGUCUGGAGAGCGGCUUGGCGCCCGCAAGCCUCUCCCUAAUAUUUUGCCCAGCAAGGUUGGGGGACCCAGCAUUUUAGUAUCGACGCUCACGAAGAAGCAUCAUGGAGCCCAAGUAACCGGCAGCACAGUCAAUGAUCCCGACCUCGCCUCAACACCAUCAAAGCUUCUAUCCAGAAAUAGCUCAGCCCAGUCGACCAAAAGAUCUUUGGAGUCUUUUGCAAGACCAACCAAACCGAAUGCGUCGUUCGGUGCCCGUCGCCGAGAUCGCACUAUCCAGAUAAUUGGCUAUCUUCUUGAUCAAAAUGGCGGAGUGUUCCCAGGGCUUCGAUCUCUGUUCAUGGCAGUCAUAUCUGUCUGGGCCAAAGAAUUCAAAGACCUCGCACCCCCCGAUCGAAGAAUAUGUCAGAAUAUCGUGAACCAAAUGGAACGAGACAAAAUAAUCAAACAGAUGCACUUUUUCUUCUUUGACGAUCAGGCCAAGAUGCAGGAGUGCGUUGUUUUAGCAAAGACCGAUGCAAACAUUAGCCCAGCUGUAGAUUCGACUGAUGACCCCCGUGUCAUAGCUGUGAAAGAAAAGAUGAGAGAGAUGUUUCCCGAAGCCUAUGUUCCCGACCCCUUUUCGCUCUCGCCAGAUGAGGCUAAGUUAUUUGAUGAACUUGCGUCACAAGGGAAAGAGCACAGUCAGGCACGUCUGAAAAUCGCCAAGGAUUUGAAAAAGGUUCAGGACAUCGAAACUUUGAGGUACGAAAACUCAGUUAUGGAUGGCAUUUCAACGCUUAAGCAUAACGCAAAACGACAAAUUGAUGAGGCAGAAAUGCAGCCACAGCCAAAGAAAACUCGUGUCAGUGUCGAGCAACCAGAUCUCCUCGAAAGGGCUCGAAAGCUGCGCAGACGGCCUGACAAACACGAAAUGUGGGAUAGCGGAAAGCUAGCUGUUUAUAUUUGGAGUCAAAGACAGAAACCAAGCACCACGUGGGAUCAGAACCAGCCACAUUUGCAAGAUCCUGUGACUGGAGCCUGGUCCUGGGCGCCUGAAAUCGAACCACUACAGGGCAACAUAAGUACGAUUCUAUCUUCUGUGAAGAGUGCUAGGCACAUCGAUGCAUCUCUCAAACAGAAGCGUCGCAGAACAUCGGCUGCUCGGAGCAACAAGAGGCAUGAAAACAGUGAUCCGGCUAUUGGAAACCCCCCAAUCUCCGCUGACAACACGGUAACGCUGAAUGGGUAUGAACACCACAACUCGAAUGACCCUUCAUCGUCUCUUGCCAUCUUUGCAGGAGAUAGCCUCUCGGCCGAUGAACGUAGCGAAAGCUAUUAUGUAAGCGGCAGCGAAGCAUCGGAUAGCAAGAGCGCCCGCUUGGGCACGUCCAGAUUACAACUUACAUCAACGGAAAUAUCUGGUAAUUGUAACAAGCAACAGUGGCCUGAUCUUCAGGACCCGGUGUGGGAGACAUGUAAUGACAUAUCUUUCGCCAAUGCUGAGCCAAAGGAGGGUACUUUCCAGUCUUCAGAUAACAACAUGCCACGUAAUGUACAGGAUAUUCUUAGUACUACACACCGUGUUCACUCGUACAAAGGGUGGGCUGAUCCAACCUAUGGAGAUUUCUUACGAAACCUCAAGACCAUUAAGAGCUGGGAGCAAUCAGCCGAUGGGUCUCGGCUCGUCACUCAUGGGCCGGUCGCGCAAGAAUAUGUUUACAUAUCCCUCACACUCAACAAAACAAAGGCCAACAUGAAGCCUACCGAUCCGGAGUGGCUUGUAUCCAAUCAGUUCACAAUAGGCAACGUACCUGAUGAAAUAAAGAACUCAUCCCUAGAGGAUGCGGACUACGGAUUGGCCUAUGCAAAUGUAAAGAGUCGGAAGUCGGAGGGCGCCACGAAUGAGAAGAAAGGAUGCAACGAAAGAUCAGGAUACAAGACGGCGGCAAACGCCAGGGGUCCAAAGCCAAAAAAUUCUUCUCGGAUGCUUUCUACACAGCUCCAACAUGUUUCGACCCAACCACCGAUGUCACCUUCACAGCCUGAUGGAUUUAUUGAAUAUAAGACACGAGAUCUUACCAUUAUACCAAAACAACCCAGGGGCCGGUUCAAUAAACCUGCUGCACAUGAUGAUAAAUUGGGUUCCAAAAGAGAAGAUGAGCUUGUUGCUGCUUGCGUUGUCUUCAGAACACUCCUGGGGGGGCUUGAUAGAAAUCUGGACAUAGGCUUAUUGCUCAAGCAUUUCCCAGGAAUGUCACUGUCUGCUCUCAAAAAGUUUUGGCCUAGGGUCAGCAAAGAACGUAAAUCCUAUGUCCAGGCAUUAACAGCGAAAUUUCAAUCGGGUUUCUUGAAAGCCUAUGAGAAUGGAACGGUCCCGCCACUUGAUUACGACAAUAUUGAUAAUUAUGAUUGGCCAAGACUAAUUCUGUGGGCUACGCAACUCGAAACCCACGAAGAUGUAGACCUACCAGAAUCACGAGAGAUACUAUACCAGAGCCACGUAAUUGAGGAUAUCACAAAUGAGGCUGCAGAUUGGAGGGACGUUUGGUUUGCCACUACUUCAACGUAUAACCGAAUCGAAGCUGUUGCUAGUGAAACAAUGUCAAUCCCCCUACCAUCCAAGUUUCGGCAAGACAAAGCGACAAUAGAGCGCGCCCGUACCUGGGUUCGCUCGAUCUGCUGUACUCCACUUAGGGGUGUGGAUGUCAAAGAGAAGCUUGUUCCAAAGCUUCUCGAGCUUGGAGACGGCGAUGUGGGUGAAACGAACCGGAUACUCGAGAAGGUAGUUGCGGGACUCAACAGAGAAAAGGUAAUAACAAGAACCAAAGGGAAAGACCUCGGUGGAAAUUUCCGCAUACAUGGCAUGUUCUCCAAACAGCUUGAGAAGAUGGCUAGCACUUCAAAAGUCAGGCAAGCAAUCUCCUUCAAAGCUCAGCUUGAUGAAGUGUUUCGUCAUUGCAAUGAACAUACUAUGCCGUAUGCCUCUGAUGAUGGGUCAAUCAUGGCAGUGCUGAACCUCCAGGCCCAUGGUCGAAUACGCACUGAAACCAUCGAUAUGCAAAACAUUCCUUUUGGUUUUGAACCUGGGAACUACGAAGGAAGAACUUUCCCCAAGAGUUACUAUCAUUUCAAAAUUCGUCUCUCACCAACCGAUACCUAUUUAUUCAAUGACGACAUGGCACUUCUCGACCAAGCUCAACGUACGGAUGUUCCGACUGAAGGACCUGACGGCAGAAUCCCUAUCUGGGUCGACUUCUUCGGAAAUGUGAAUGUGACGCGAUGGGUUGAUUAUGUCAGCAUGAUUGUUUUCACACUUGCAAUCAAGGGUCCAAUAGUACCCAAGAUGUGUGUCACUCUGUUGAAACCCAUGAUUGAGGAAUUCGAGGUUCAGCUGAUUGUAGAAUGGCUUGAUAAACUUGGUCUUAUACAGCAGGCCGUGGAUAAGUGUGGGGUGACUGUAGCGGAAUGGUGGUGGCUUGUUGCUGGAUACAUCGCCCAGUUUGGCAAGGAAGUGAGGAAAGAUAGGUUAGCCUAG